CAUCCCCACCUCGCCGCCAGCAGCCAUCGACCAUGGCCGCGCAGACGACGCCGCCGCCGGAGCAGAAGAUGAUGGUGGCGAUCGACGAGAGCGAGUGCAGCAACUACGCGCUCGAGUGGGCCCUGCGCAACCUCGCGCCCCGCCGCCUCGUCCUCUUCACCGUCCAGCCAUUCUCCCCCCUCAACUACGUCCCCGCCGCCGCCGGUUCCCCGCUUGGCCCGUCGGUGGCGUCGCCGGAGCUCAUCAGGUCGGUGAACGAGCACCAGCGGCAGCUCGCCCAGGCGCUCGUCGACAAGGCCAAGGCCAUCUGCGCCGAACAUGGGGUUGAUGCUGAGACCAUCAUCGAGGUGGGUGAUCCCAAGGAAACCAUAUGCGAAGCUGCAGAGAAGUUGAAUGUCGAUCUGCUCAUCCUGGGAAGCCACAGCCGUGGACCUAUACAAAGGUUUUUCCUCGGAAGUGUGAGCAACUAUUGUACCCACCACGCAAAGUGUCCCGUUCUUGUCGUGAAGAAGAAAGAAUGAAACACUGCUAUAUAAUG